AUGCCUUCAUUGGCCUCAUUAUUGGAUAAUGGAUAUCUUCUCAUCACGACAUCUCCCGAUCUCUUUGAGAGGCAGCAAGUCCCGGCUUUGAGAUGCACAGUGGCACCGUUGAGCGGUGGAUUGACGCCAGAGAUCACCAAGUACGAGAUGGAAGAAGAAAAAGAGAGUCUUGCUGCUGAGUACCUCUCCUACACGCGCCAUUUCUCGUCAGCUUUCAAAGAUGCUUGUCAUUUUUCGUUUAAUUUCAUCACGUCACUCACCCACGACGAUCCGUCGAUGCUGGGGACGAUCGAUCAGGAGCUGAAACGAGCACUGGAAAGCCUCUUCGCGCAGGAUAUCGAGAAAUCGACGACUUUUGUAAUCAUGGGAGAUCAUGGGAAUCGAAUACAUCAGAUACAAAGAACGACAACGGGUCGAGUGGAAGAACGAUCCACCCCUUUCUCGAUUCGUUUACCCGACGAGUGGAAAAAAAAAACGCGAAAGCGCACCAAAAUUGCGAACAAAUGCCAAUCGGUUGUGAAACCGAUGUCUACAAGAAAUUAUUCGCAUCACUCUCCCGAAAGAAUCCUCUCACUUCCUUGUGUCAAAUCGAUUCGCCCACAUUUCCGAUAUCCGACGUUAGAAGUGUUUUCUCUUAAUCAAAUGGUUCUACAUGGACUUCGGCAUGAGAAUCAAUGGGAUUCUGUGAAGAAUUACACAAGUGCCUCCGAUUUUGAGUGGAUUGAU